GAGUCCCGGCCAGUGCCUCUGCUUCCGGCUCGAAUUGCUCUCUCCAAGCCCGCAUCAACAUGUCCGAAACUGCGCCCGCCGCGCCUACUGCUCCGGCCCCCGCUGAGAAGACACCAGUAAAGAAGAAGGCUCGGAAGUCCGCAGGUGGUGCGAAGCGCAAGGCGUCCGGGCCCCCUGUGUCCGAGCUCAUCACCAAGGCUGUUGCUGCCUCCAAGGAGCGCAGUGGGGUGUCUCUGGCCGCGCUCAAGAAGGCGCUGGCGGCUGCGGGCUACGACGUGGAAAAGAACAACAGUCGGAUCAAGCUUGGUCUCAAAAGCUUGGUGAGCAAAGGCACCCUGGUGCAAACCAAGGGCACCGGUGCCUCCGGCUCCUUCAAACUCAACAAGAAGGCGGCCUCUGGGGAAGCCAAGCCCAAAGCCAAGAAGGCGGGUGCGGCCAAGGCCAAGAAGCCCGCAGGCGCUGCGAAGAAACCGAAGAAGUCUACAGGGGCUGCCACCCCUAAGAAAAGCGCCAAGAAGACCCCAAAGAAGGCGAAGAAGCCGGCCGCAGCUGCAGGAGCCAAAAAAGCAAAGAGUCCGAAAAAGGCCAAGGCAGCUAAGCCGAAGAAGGCGCCUAAGAGCCCAGCCAAGGCAAAAGCGGUGAAGCCUAAGGCGUCUAAGCCAAAGGCCGCCAAGCCCAAGGCUGCCAAGCCAAAGAAGGCGGCAGCCAAGAAAAAGUAAAGUUACUUUGGCCACCUGCUUGGAAGCUCAACACAACCCAAA